AUCCCUGCUGCUCAGAAACACUGCAGUCAUGGACACGGCUGCAUUCUCCAAACUCUUGCUUCUUCAGGCUGGAGAUCAUCUGCUGGACGGUGAUGCCUUGCUGGAGCCUGGUUGUCCCACCUUAGACCCUGGUUACUACAGUGCCUGUAGUAGCCUAUCGCCUGCCUCCUCCGUUGACUCCUGCUGCUUCUCUCCCCCUUGUUUCCAGUGGGGAGUUAUUCAGGAGAAAGAGGCUACGAACCCUUUAAGCUGCAUUAGCCAAGCUGCCAAAAGACAGGGGAAGGAAGAACUCCCAGCUCAGGAGAAGAGACGGUCUAGGUCAAAGUUCCCUGGGAAGAAGCGGGAGAGCGCCAGCGAGAGGGAGAAGCUGAGGAUGAGAGACCUGACCAAAGCCCUCCACCACCUCAGGACCUACCUGCCCCCCUCUGUGGCUCCUCCUGAACAGACUCUGACCAAGAUCGAGACGCUGCGCCUCACCAUCAGCUACAUCUCCCACCUGUCUGCCCAGCUGGGACUCAGCGAGGAUACCCCAUGUCUGAAAAGAAAAAUGUAUUUCACACCAUGCCAGUACUCACAAGAUAUGCCACAAUUCCCCCAGGGCAGCUCCAUGUCUGGACAGGGGUGUCAAGAGAUACUGCAGGGCAACAUCCAGAGCAAUAAUCAAUACUGUCUGCCACUGGCCACAUCAUAUACCAACAACACAGAGCCACACAUGGAAACAGACUACCUAAUGCCAGAUGUCUCCUAUCAGGACAUGUCCAUAUAUCACAACCAAGUUUUCCAGUGACAAGCUAGUUUAUUUUGCCUAUUUCCAAUGCUGAUUUAAGCGGUUGUUG